GUGGAGGGGUGGGGUUGGAUGCUCUGCAGUCCUCCCAGGGCCGCUCUGACCUGCGGCUCCGCGACUUCUCGUCUCCUCUCCAUCUUUCCUCCCACAGCGGCCGCUCGGCCCCCGCCCCCUCGCCCUCCCAGCGGGUCUUCCCAGGCCGCUCUGGCCCGAGCGUCCCCUCGUCUCUCUGAUCUGGCCCAUCCGGCUCCGGAGGGAGGCGCGGGUGGGUGAGCAAGGGAGUGCGUCUAUGGGGUCCAGGCCUGAGCCCCUAAAGACGGGCUCCGCCCCCGACACCCGCUCGCGCCCCGCCUCCGGCUGGAGGGGUCUCUCCCGGACCUUCCGGGUCUGGCCCGGCAAGACCCGCACCCUCUAUAGAGGCCCCCGCCGGGCUGUAGAGCCCUUCGCUCCCUGGGGACCCACCCGUAUAUAAGGUCCGUUUCGGCCUGCAGCGGCUCGCGUCUUUUACUGCUGGACACCGUUUAUGGGGUCAGCUAGCCUAUGGGGGCCCGUGACUAUAAGCGACUCCCACGGUCCCUAGGGCUUGGCCCCAUCCAUAACGACCCCAUUUACAGGCCCUUUCGUGGGUCUAUAGGAUCUACUCCUCGAUUUCCACAGCCCGUCUACAGCGGCGGCUCCCUUCUGGGGGAGUGCAACUCCUGGACCUCCCUGGUCUACAAGGCCAUGUCGCGUCUAUAGAGGUCACAUUUGCAGGGCCUCGCGCCGCGUGGAGGGUCCUCUCCAAUCUUUACGGCCUGUCCCGUCUGUAAGUCAGUGCGGGAGGCGGAUAUGGCCCUGCGCCCGGCUCUGGCCGUGGCGCUGGCUCUAUCUUUGGCCCUGCUGGGGCCGCUGUCCCCCGGGGCCCAGGCAGGGGACUGCAAGGGGCAGCGGCAAGUGCUGCGGGAGGCGCCAGGCUUCGUGACCGAUGGUGCGGGCAACUACAGCGUCAAUGGCAAUUGCGAGUGGCUCAUCGAGGCCCCAAGCCCCCAGCAUCGGAUCCUGCUGGACUUUCUUUUCCUGGACACGGAAUGCACGUACGACUACCUGUUUGUGUAUGACGGCGACUCUCCCCGAGGGCCCCUGCUUGCCAGUCUGAGUGGCAGCACUCGGCCUCCGCCCAUCGAGGCUUCCUCAGGCAAGAUGCUCCUCCACCUCUUCAGCGAUGCCAACUACAACCUGCUGGGCUUCAAUGCCUCCUUCCGCUUCUCCCUGUGCCCCGGGGGCUGCAGCAGCCACGGGCAGUGCCAGCCCCCUGGCGUGUGCGCCUGCGAGCCCGGCUGGGGGGGCCCUGACUGCAGCCUGCAGGAGUGCCCGGCCUACUGUGGCGGCCAUGGCACCUGCGCUUCGCCCCUGGGACCAUGCCGCUGUGAGCCUGGCUUCCUGGGACGCGCCUGUGACCUGCACCUGUGGGAGAACCAGGGGGCUGGCUGGUGGCACAACGUGAGUGCCGGGGACCCUGCCUUCUCGGCCCGUAUUGGGGCAGCUGGUGCCUUCCUGUCCCCGCCGGGGCUGCUGGCUGUUUUUGGAGGCCAGGACCUCAACAGAGCCCUGGGUGAUCUCGUCCUGUACAACUUCUCUGCCAACACCUGGGAGCGCUGGGACCUGAGUCCUGCCCCGGCUGCCCGUCACUCCCAUGUGGCUGUGGCCUGGGCCGGCUCCCUGGUGCUCAUGGGUGGUGAGCUGGCUGAUGGCUCCCUCACCAGCGACGUGUGGGCCUUCAGCCCCCUGGGCGGGGGCCACUGGGAGCUGCUCGCACCACCUGGCUCCAGUUCCUCGGGGCCGCCAGGCCUGGCAGGUCACGCCGCCGCCCUAGUGGAUGACAUCUGGCUCUACGUGUCUGGCGGCCGCACCCAGCACGACCUCUUCUCCUCUGGCCUCUUCCGCUUCCGUCUCGACAGCACCAGUGGGGGCUACUGGGAGCAGGUGAUUCCAGCGGGCGGGCGGCCUCCUGCCGCCACGGGCCACUCCAUGGUGUUCCAUGCCCCCUCGCGCACCCUGCUGGUUCACGGUGGACACCGGCCGUCCACCGCGCGGUUCUCUGUGCGGGUGAACUCCACAGAGCUCUUCCACGUGGAUCGGCGCGUGUGGACCACCCUGAAGGGCCGGGAUGGGCUCCAGGGCCCACGGGAGAGAGCCUUCCACACAGCCAGCGUCCUGGGCAACUACAUGGUGGUCUAUGGGGGCAACGUGCACACCCAUUACCAGGAGGAGAAAUGCUAUGAAGAUGGCCUCUUCUUCUACCACCUUGGCUGCCAUCAGUGGGUGUCGGGGGCCGAGCUUGCCCCCCCGGGAACCCCUGAGGGCCGAGCAGCACCUCCCAGUGGUCGAUACUCGCAUGUGGCGGCUGUGCUUGGUGGCAGUGUCCUGUUGGUGGCUGGGGGGUACAGUGGCCGGCCUCGUGGGGACUUGAUGGCCUACAAGGUGCCUCCCUUUGUGUUCCAGGCGCCUGCUCCGGACUACCACUUAGACUACUGCUCCAUGUACAUGGACCACAGCGUCUGCUCCCGAGACCCUGAAUGCAGUUGGUGUCAGGGGGCCUGCCAAGCUGCACCACCUCCUGGGACCCCGUCUGGGGCUUGUCCAGCUGCCAGCUGCCUGGGCCUGGGCCGCCUUCUGGGUGACUGCCAGGCCUGCCUGGCCUUCAGCGGCCCGACAACUCCUCCCCGGGGGCCCGGCGCUCUGGGCUGGUGCGUGCAUAAUGAGAGCUGCCUCCCUCGGCCUGAACAGGCCCGCUGCCGAGGGGAGCAGAUCUCAGGCACCGUGGGCUGGUGGGGGCCUGCACCUGUCUUCGUCACAUCCCUGGAGGCCUGCGUCACCCAGAGCUUCCUGCCUGGCCUGCACCUGCUCACUUUCCAGCAGCCGCCCAACGCCUCCCAGCCCGACAAGGUCCUGAUUGUCCGCAGUACGACCAUCACUCUGACGCCCAGCCCAGAGACCGACGUGUCCCUGGUCUACCGUGGCUUCAUCCACCCACUGCUGCCAGGAGGGCCCGGGGGGCCGGGGGCUGAGGAUGUAGCUGUGUGGGCCCGGGCCCAGCGUCUACAUGUCUUGGCCCGGAUGGCCCGUGGCCCUGACACAGAGAACAUGGAGGAGGUGGGGCGCUGGGUGGCUCAGCAGGAGAAGGAGACAAGACGGCUGCAGCGCCCGGGGUCUGCUCGCCUCUUCCCACUGCCUGGCCGGGGCCACAAGUAUGCGGUCGAGAUCCGGGGCCAGCUCAAUGGCUCGGCAGGCCCUGGGCACAGUGAACUUACCCUGCUGUGGGACCGGACUGGCGUGCCAGGUGGCAGCGAGAUCUCCUUCUUCUUUCUGGAGCCUUAUCGCUCUUCAGCCUGUUCGUCCUACUCCUCCUGCCUGGGCUGCUUGGCGGACCAGGGCUGCGGCUGGUGCCUGACCAGCGCCACCUGCCACCUGCGCCAGAGCGGGGCCCACUGCGGGGACGACAGGACCGGCGGGUCCCUGCUGGUGCUGGUGCCUGCCCUCUGCCCGCUCUGCGAGGAGCAUCGUGACUGUCACGCCUGUACCCAGGACCCCUUCUGCGAGUGGCAUCAGAGCACCAGCCGCAAAGGGGAUGCAGCGUGCAGCCGGCGGGGCCGGAGUCGGGGCGCCCUGAAGAGCCCAGAGGAGUGUCCCCCGCUCUGCAGCCAACGCCUAACCUGUGACGACUGCCUGGCCAACUCCAGCCAGUGUGCCUGGUGUCAGUCCACCCACACCUGCUUCCUGUUCGCUGCCUACCUGGCACGGUACCCGCACGGGGGCUGCCGUGGCUGGGACGACAGCGUGCACUCAGAGCCCCGGUGCCGGAGCUGCGACCGCUUCCUGACCUGCCACGAGUGUCUGCAGAGCCAUGAGUGCGGCUGGUGCGGCAAUGAGGACAACCCCACGCUGGGACGGUGCCUUCAGGGGGACUUCUCGGGGCCUCUGGGUGGGGGUAACUGCUCCCUGUGGGUGGGGGAGGGCCUGGGGCUGUCUGUGGCCCUCCCUGCCCGCUGGGCAUAUGCCCGCUGUCCAGACGUGGACGAGUGUCGCCUGGGCCUGGCGCGGUGCCACCUGCGGGCGACCUGCCUGAACACACCCCUCAGCUACGAGUGUCACUGCCAGCGGGGCUACCAGGGCGAUGGCAUCACAUACUGCAACCGCACGUGCUUGGAAGACUGUGGCCAUGGUGUGUGCAGCGGUCCCCCUGACUUCACCUGCGUGUGUGACCUGGGCUGGACGUCAGACCUGCCCCCGCCCACACCUGCCCCGGGACCCCCCGCGCCCCGCUGCUCCCGGGACUGCGGCUGCAACUUCCACAGCCACUGCCGCUGGCGGGGGCCUGGCUUCUGUGAUGAGUGCCAGGACUGGACGUGGGGGGAGCACUGCGAACGGUGCCGGCCCGGCAGCUUUGGCAACGCCACGGGCUCGGGCGGCUGCCGGCCCUGCCAGUGCAACGGGCAUGGGGACCCGCGCCGCGGCCACUGUGACAACCUCAGCGGGCUCUGCUUCUGUCAGGACCACACCGAAGGUGCCCACUGCCAGCUCUGCUCCCCCGGCUACUAUGGGGACCCUCGGGCUGGUGGCUCCUGUUUCCGGGAGUGUGGGGGGCGUGCCCUCCUUACCAACGUGUCCUCAGUGGCGCUGGGCUCACGCCGGGUUGGGGGGCUGCUGCCUCCAGGCGGUGGGGCAGCGAGAGCUGGGCCAGGCCUGUCCUAUUGCGUGUGGGUUGUCUCAGCCACCGAGGUGCUGCAGCCCUGUGCCCCUGGGACCCUCUGUCCCCCCCUCACCCUCACCUUCUCCCCCGACAGCAGCACCCCCUGCACGCUGAGCUAUGUCCUGGCCUUUGAUGGAUUCCCGCGCUUCCUGGACACUGGUGUCGUCCAGUCGGACCGUAGCCUCAUUGCUGCCUUCUGUGGCCAGCGGCGGGACAGGCCUCUCACUGUGCAGGCCCUGUCUGGCCUGCUUGUCCUGCACUGGGAGGCCAACGGCUCCUCAUCCUGGGGCUUCAACGCUUCCGUGGGCUCUGCCCGCUGCGGGUCAGGGGGCCCGGGGAGCUGCCCUGUCCCCCAGGAGUGUGUGGCCCAGGAUGGGGCCGCAGGUGCUGGACUCUGCCGAUGUCCUCAGGGCUGGGCUGGCCCCCACUGCCGCAUGGCUCUGUGUCCCGAGAACUGUAACGCCCACAGCGGGGCGGGGACUUGUAACCAGAGCCUGGGUGUGUGCAUCUGUGCUGAGGGCUUCGGGGGUCCUGACUGUGCCACGAAGCUGGAUGGCGGGCAGCUGGUCUGGGAGACCCUCAUGGACAGCCGCCUCUCAGCUGACACUGCUAGCCGAUUCCUACACCGCUUGGGGCACACCAUGGUGGAGGGACCUGAUGCCACCUUGUGGAUGUUUGGGGGCCUGGGCCUGCCCCAGGGGCUGCUAGGAAACCUGUACAGGUACUCCGUGAGCGAGCGACGGUGGACACAGAUGCUGGCAGGAGCCGAGGAUGGGGGCCCGGGCCCCUCCCCUCGCUCCUUCCACGCGGCUGCCUAUGUGUCCGCCGGCCGUGGUGCCAUGUACCUUCUGGGGGGACUCACGGCCGGGGGUGUCACCCGCGACUUCUGGGUCCUCAACCUCACCACCCUGCAGUGGCGGCAGGAGAAGGUUCCUCAGACUGUGGACUUGCCAGCAGUUGCUGGUCACACCCUAACUGCCCGCCGCGGCCUGUCCCUGCUCCUGGUGGGCGGUUAUUCCCCCGAAAAUGGCUUCAACCAGCAGCUGUUUGAGUACCAGCUGGUGACUGGCACCUGGGUGUCCGGAGCCCAGAGCGGGACACCCCCCACAGGUCUCUAUGGUCAUUCUGCCGUGUACCACGAGGCCACUGACUCCCUCUACGUGUUUGGGGGUUUCCGCUUCCACGUGGAGCUGGCAGCCCCGUCCCCUGAGCUCUACUCUCUGCACUGUCCUGACCGUACUUGGAGCCUGCUGGCCCCUUCCCAGGGGGCAAAGCCACGCCCCCGGCUUUUCCAUGCCGCAGCCCUGCUAGGGGACACCAUGGUGGUCCUUGGGGGGCGCUCGGACCCUGAUGAGUUCAGCAGUGACGUUCUACUCUACCAGGUCAACUGCAAUGCCUGGCUCCUGCCCGACCUCACCCGCCCAGCCUCUGUGGGGCCCCCGAUGGAGGAGUCUGUGGCCCACGCCGUGGCGGCGGUAGGAGGCCGCCUGUACAUCUCAGGUGGCUUCGGGGGAGUGGCCCUGGGCCGCCUGCUGGCCCUGAUCCUGCCCCCUGACCCCUGCCGCCUGCUGCCCUCACCUGAAGCUUGUAACCAGUCUGGGGCCUGCACCUGGUGCCAUGGGGCCUGCUUGUCCGGAGACCAGGCUCAUAGGCUGGGCUGUGGGGGCCCCCCGUGUUCCCCAAUGCCUCGCUCUCCGGAGGAAUGUCGACGUCUCCGGACCUGCAGUGAGUGCCUGGCCCGCCACCCCCGGACCCUGCAGCCUGGAGACGGAGAGGUGAAUGGCGGGGGCGAUGGGCAUCUGCCCCCCCGCUGUAAGUGGUGUACCAACUGCCCCGAGGGCGCCUGCAUCGGGCGGAAUGGGUCCUGCACCUCAGAGAAUGACUGUCGGAUCAACCAGCGGGAGGUCUUCUGGGCCGGGAACUGCUCAGAGGCUGUGUGUGGGGCCGCCGACUGUGAGCAGUGCACCCGGGAGGGCAAGUGCAUGUGGACGAGGCAGUUCAAGAGGACAGGGGAGACCCGCCGCAUCCUCUCGGUGCAGCCCACCUAUGACUGGACCUGCUUCAGCCACUCUCUGCUGAAUGUGUCCCCAAUGCCGGUGGAGUCAUCGCCCCCCCUACCCUGCCCCACUCCCUGUCACCUCCUGCCCAACUGCACCUCCUGCCUGGACUCCAAAGGUGCGGAUGGGGGCUGGCAGCACUGUGUCUGGAGCAGCAGCCUCCAACAGUGUCUGAGCCCCUCCUACCUGCCCCUGCGAUGUAUGGCCGGAGGCUGUGGGCGGCUGCUCCGGGGACCCGAGAGCUGCUCCCUGGGCUGUGCUCAGGCGACCCAGUGCGCCCUGUGCCUGCGGCGCCCCCACUGUGGUUGGUGUGCCUGGGGGGGCCAAGAUGGGGGUGGCCGCUGCCUGGAGGGUGGACUCAGCGGUCCCCGUGACGGGCUGACAUGCGGGCGACCUGGGGCCUCCUGGGCCUUCCUGUCCUGUCCCCCUGAAGACGAGUGUGCAAACGGACAUCACGACUGCAAUGAGACACAGAACUGCCACGACCGGCCACACGGUUACGAGUGCAGCUGCAAGGCGGGCUACACCAUGGACAACGUGACUGGGCUGUGCCGCCCGGUGUGCGCCCAGGGCUGCGUGAAUGGCUCGUGUGUGGAGCCCGACCACUGCCGCUGCCACUUCGGCUUUGUUGGCCGCAACUGCUCCACAGAGUGUCGCUGCAACCGCCACAGCGAAUGCGCGGGUGUGGGCGCCCGUGACCAUUGCCUGCUGUGCCGCAACCACACCAAGGGCAGCCACUGCGAGCAGUGCCUCCCUCUGUUCGUGGGCUCGGCUGUGGGGGGCGGGACCUGCCGUCCCUGCCACGCCUUCUGUCGUGGCAAUAGCCACGUCUGCGUCUCCAGGAAGGAGCUCGAAAUGGCCAGGAAGGAACCAGAGAAGUACUCGCUGGAUCCAGAGGAGAUUGAAAACUGGGUGACAGAGGGGCCUAGUGAAGACGAGGCUGUGUGUGUGAACUGCCAGAAUAACAGUUACGGGGACAAAUGCGAGAGCUGCCUGCACGGCUACUUCCUCCUGGAUGGGAAGUGUACCAAAUGCCAGUGCAAUGGCCAUGCAGAUACAUGUAACGAGCAGGACGGGACGGGCUGCCCGUGUCAGAACAAUACAGAGACGGGCACGUGCCAGGGUAGCUCGCCCAGUGACCGCCGAGACUGCUACAAGUACCAGUGCGCCAAGUGCCGGGAGUCCUUCCACGGGAGCCCGCUGGGCGGCCAGCAGUGUUACCGCCUCAUUUCCGUGGAGCAGGAGUGCUGCCUGGACCCCACGUCCCAGACCAACUGCUUCCAUGAACCCAAGCGCCGGGCUCUGGGCCCCGGCCGCACUGUCCUCUUUGGCGUGCAGCCCAAGUUUACUAACGUGGACAUCCGCCUGACGCUGGAUGUGACCUUCGGUGCUGUGGACCUCUAUGUCUCCACCUCCUACGACACCUUCGUGGUCCGUGUGGCCCCUGACACGGGCGUCCACACCGUGCAUAUCCAGCCACCUCCACCCCCACCGCCUCCCCCACCCCCUGCUGACGGCGGACCCCGGGGGGCCGGGGAUCCAGGAGGACCCGGGGCCGGGAGCGGGCCAGGUGCCCCGGCGGAGCCCAGGGUGCGGGAGGUGUGGCCACGGGGACUGAUCACCUACGUGACUGUGACAGAGCCGUCGGCCGUGCUCGUGGUUCGUGGUGUGCGGGACCGGCUGGUCAUCACCUACCCGCACGAGCACCAUGCCCUCAAGUCCAGCCGCUUUUACCUACUCCUGCUGGGCGUGGGGGACCCGAGCGGGCCCGGCGCCAAUGGUUCAGCUGACUCGCAGGGCCUGCUCUUCUUCCGGCAGGACCAGGCCCACAUCGACCUAUUUGUCUUCUUCUCCGUCUUCUUCUCCUGCUUCUUUCUCUUCCUCUCACUCUGCGUGCUCCUCUGGAAGGCCAAGCAGGCCCUGGACCAGCGGCAGGAACAGCGCCGGCAUCUGCAAGAGAUGACCAAGAUGGCCAGCCGCCCCUUUGCCAAGGUCACCGUCUGCUUCCCGCCUGACCCUGCCGCCCCGGCCCCUGCCUGGAAGCCGGCUGGGCUCCCACCACCCACCUUCCGCCGUUCGGAACCCUUCUUGGCACCCCUGCUGCUGACGGGGGCCGGGGGGCCCUGGGGACCUGUGGGAGGAGGCUGCUGCCCGCCCGCCGUCCCGGCCACCACUGCCGGCCUGCGAGCCGGGCCCAUCACCCUUGAACCCACUGAAGAUGGCAUGGCCGGUGUGGCCACUCUGCUGCUCCAGCUGCCCGGAGGACCCCAAGCACCCAACGGCGCCUGCCUAGGGUCGGCCCUCGUCACGCUGCGGCACAGGCUGCACGAAUACUGUGGGGGUGGUGGGGGUGCUGGGGGCAGUGGGCACGGGGCUGGCGCAGGCCGGAAGGGACUGUUGAGCCAGGACAAUCUCACCAGCAUGUCCCUCUGACCCAUGGUGUGGUCCUCAGCCACAGCGACUGAGUACCCUGAUAACGCCACCCUGGAUUCAGGGCUCCUCCACUUGGCGGCCCCUGGACACUGUGUCCUCAGAGAUCUCUGGCUCCCUUUCCCCGGGGCUCCCCAGACAGGGCAUUUGACGUUCUGCAUUCAACAAUUAUUUAUUGAAUACUUACUGUAUGCCAGGCACUGUUGAAGUCACCGGGCAAAGCAGGAACUGAGACAGACGAGUUCCCUGAUCUCGUGGGACUUAGGUUCCAGUGGAGGGAGACAAUCAGUGUGCACCAGUGCCUGUGCACACACACGCGCGCGCGCGCACACACACAUACACACACACACAGGCGAGGAAGGUCAUUUCCGGGAGGGAGAAGUGCCAUGAGGGAUCAACAGGAUGUGGCUGUGAGGGACUUCGAGGUAGAGUCUGUUGGGCAUUCCGAGAAGCUAGGCCUAAAGCCUGAGAAGGAACUGGCCGUGGGGAAAGCUUCAGAAAGUGGGUCUCAGGCAGAGGGAGCUAUAAGGACAAGGCCCUGAGGUGGGGACCCGCUUGCUUCAUUGGAAGGAUCAGAAAGGGCCAGCAUGACCCAGACCGCGUGUGAAGAGAUGAGUUGGGAGACAGCAAUGGGAUCACCCAGGGCUGUGUGGGUCCCAGAUAGGAUGUUGAAUUUUAUUCUCGGGGAAAGCCAAGGGACAGUUUCAUAAGGAUCCGAGGUACGUAUUCGAGACGUCACUCAGCUGUGGUGUGGAGGAUGGUUCGGAGGGGGCAAGAGAGGCGACCAGGGACAAGAGACGAUGAUUACGAUGAGGGCAGUGGUGGGGGCGGGGGUCAGGGACAGGUGCAGGAUGUGUGUGGGAGGAGGUAACGAUGGCGUGGAUGUUGGGAUCAGGGAGGGGGGAGUCCAGGAUGACUCCAACUUUGUGGCCUGAACUGUGGGCGGAUACUGGGGUGGUUUAUCAUCAUGGGCAGCCUGGGUCUUGUGGGGAAAACCAGGAGUCCAGUCUGAGACUCUUAAGAUGCUCUCUUUAGGCAUCUCUCCAGUCAGGUCCAGCCAGGGAAACAGACUGCUGUACUUUAGCGGAAGGAACUGAGCGCAGGGGGUUGGCUGUGUUGUUGAGGGACACAGACGAUCAGAGGUGGGACAGUGAGGCAGUCCAGGGGCCAGCUGUCACCUGUAGGCUGGACAGACAAAGCCAAAGCUCAGAUGGUGUAAUUGAUGCUAGGACCAGGGCCACCCGGCUCAGCAGGAAUCCAAGGAGACAAAGCCUCAGAUGCUGCCCCAGGGUGCUGGGCGUUGGAGAUGGAAAUGGUGGAGUCCUCUGCGCAUCUCUCUUCCCAGACAGUGCUGCCUUGAAGACUUGUGGGUUCCCUCUAGGGGCCGCUCUCCCACUCAGCCACCACCUUGGACUUCUGAGCUCCUCUCCCCCUUGAGGACUUCGCAACCCCAUCCUAGCCAUCUUGAACUUGGGACUCCUUUUGCAAGACUCCAUCCCCCAGCUGUACUUUGGGGCCUUAAGGAGCUGGGCCCCGUCUCCUCUCCUCUGCUGGGGGCCUUAGUCUAAGAGGCCAUGUGUGCUGUCAGGGGCCGUCUGAAAGGGAGGAGUGGUUGAAGCAGCAAAUAAAGAGUGUAGGGAAGGCGGGUGUCUGAGCACCGUCUGCCUGCAGGAGAUGGGGUGUCUUGCUUCUCUGAACAGCAUCCAAAUGUGGAUAAAUCGAGUCAGUGCCCUUACCUUGGCCCCCCUCUGAGCUGUAUAGCUUGGGCCUGGCUCCUCCCUGCCCCUCCUGAGCAGGGGUGAGAUGGGACCACUAUAGAAGCCCUCGUUCCCCAGAAGGGACAGACCUAGAGGAGCUGAGGGCACCGAGACCGUUGGCCCUUCCUCGGGUCCCUGUCGCAGGAAGACCCCAGUUCGUCUCCGGAGGGAAAACAUUGCCUUGGUCCCAGGCUUGGGUUUUAUUCUGGCCUCUGACAUAAGAGUGAGGCAGCAUGGAGACCAAAAUGCCCUAACGUGAUGAGUUUGAGUUUUCUCUAAUCCCAGAAGGCUCCAAGGCCCAAACCGGAAGCAGCACAGGAGGCUUCAUCUUCCAGGCCCCCAGGGCAAGCAAGAGCAGUGGUGAAGAAGGUGCAAGUGUGCCCUCGGUCGGCCUCGAGCAGUGAGCAGCGAGCAGCAGCGUGGGAGUCUGGCCGAGAGUGGUAAACAACGUGUUUUCCUCUUCAGCCCGCCCGUGGGCACAUGCCUGAGGCUUCAUCUGAUGUGAGCCCAAGACACGAUAGUGAGGUGGACUUAGGGGGAGUGGGGCCGGGGGAGGUGGGUGGGGUUGGGUCUUCACUGUGGUCCAUGAAAAUCCUAGUAUUUUCGGACUUAUGGGCAGUUUAAGGGAUUUUCAAGGAUUAUUCUGCCCACACAUGAGUUUUGCCUUUGUGAGCCAUUGGUAGUGCCUAACCUCCGAGACGUGACUGUGAACUUGUAUUUACUGAGUACCGGCGCUAGACAGUUUGCUUGCCACGUUACAGCCCAGCAACCCUAUGCGGUAGGUAGCCGUGUGAUCCCCGUUUGCAGGGGAGAAAACAGAAGUUCAUAGAUGUCAUUGAGCCAUUGAAUGAAUUUGAACCCCGGCCAUGUGACUCUCAAAUCCACAUGCCUGACCACCAGACCCUCUAGCCUCCUGAGGAGGGAACCCCCAGGAAUAAGGGGGGGGGGGGAGGAGGAGGAGACAAGGGAGAAAGCACAAGGGAGAUCAUGCGGGUUCUUAGCCCACCUAGCUGAGAGCUCUCCCAGCACAGAGCAGGCACUAGAGGCAGGUGUUCAAAAUGGUGGGUUUCUGCUGGGGAUAAGGCACAAUUUCCCACCCGGGAUGCUAACCAGAAGCAGGACAUGCUGCCUAAGGGAGUCCAAGGCCAGGAGAGCGUUCACCCUGCAUGACCAGGAAGGAGCUAAGACUCGUCUGCAUUAUGAUCAGAUCUUUGGUAAGGUCUCUUCCCCACCACCACCCUGUGACUGUGCCUUCCUGAGCAGAGCGUUUGCACUGUGACUGGCCCCUUGCUCUGCUACACAGAGCCAGCGUCUCCAACUCCUGUCCAUACCUUGCAGAUGCCCCUAUACAAAUGCCCCAUAGCAUGAGGCAUGUGUUCCUCCUCCCUCCACGUUAGCUCCUCAGCUGGCACCUCGCCCUGGUAUCCAUGUACCUGAAUGCAAGAGGCUCAGGGAGUGUGAGAGAAAGACUGGGCGUGGGAGGUCUGGAUUCUAGUCUGUGUAUGGCCAUCAAUGCCCUAGGGACUUCAGAAAAAGGGGAGAAAUUUCACCAAGGGCCAACAACACUCCAGGUAGUGUGCUGGGUGCUUAGCCUGAGUCCUUUAGUCUUCCUGAUACCGAUGCUGGGAGGGACAGGUUUAUUCCCCCAUUUUGCAGAUUUGGAAACUAAGUCCCUUGCCUGAGAACUCAGGGCAGAUUAACAGGGGAGCCCAGAUUCUGAUGCAAGCCUGUCUGACUCUCCAUUGCCCCCCACCGUUACCUCUAAAAUCAUGUCCCUUUUCUGCAUCAGUGUCUCCCACCUGUGAUCACUCACUAUCUCCACCCACAAGGGGCUCCAUGCAGUUCUAGGUGCUAGGGACACAGCAGUGAACAGGGUCCCUGCCCUCAUGGAACUGACAAACCAGCAGGGAGCCAGAAAAUAAAUAUGUAAAUGAUGUGGUAUAUUGAAAUAUGACCAGAAAAACAAGGCGGUGAAGGAGAAGAGGGGUUGGUCCUUGCUAUGUAAUAUAAGGUAGAAGGGAAGGCCUUGCUCCUAAGAUGACAUGUGAACAGACGGGAAGGAAUGAGCCAUAGGGACAUCUGAGGGAAGAGAAUUCCAAGUUGAGGCAACAGCUAGUGCAAAGGUCCUGAGGUGGGAGCACGACUAGCAUUUUAGAGAACCAACCAAGAGACUCACGCGGGUAGGAGCGGGUGGGAAUAAGGAGGAGACAAGGUCAAGGAAAAGCCGGAGGCAGAUUGUGCAGGUCCUCGGGCCACGGUGAGGACUCUGGCUUUAGCUCUGUGCAGGAGGAGCCGUGAGAAGGUUCUGAACACAGGAGGCAUGUGACCUAACUCAGGUGUUCGCAGACGGAGCCAGAGCUGAGCCCCUGAAAGGCUGGGGUUUGCUGUUUCCUGGGAGGAGGAGGUCGGGGGCAGGGAAUCCGGAGUUAGGUUUUAACUUGUGGAUGCCCAUUAGAUAUUCCAAGCAAAGAUGUCACUUGGUGGUUGGAUACAUGAAUGGAAAGAGAAAGAGUAACAGCAAAGAAUAUAAGUGAUAUAUUAAUACCAGGAUAGUAUAAUAUUAUUAUACAUAAUGAUACUAUUAACAAGUUUAUUAAGCUCACUCUGGUCUUUCCAUCUGUUCCAUCACUUGCUCUCACAGUAGCCACAUGACAUACUAGGGAUUGUCCUUAGAGGAGGAAACAGGCUCAGAGAGGUUUAUUAAUUCACUAAGACAACACGGCUAGUAACCCGGCACGACACUAACACUAAUAACAUGGCAAGAGUCAAGAUCGGAUCCUAGGUCUGCCCAAUUUUGAGACCAGAUUUUCUAAUCUGCUAGUUGCUUUCGUGUAAAGAGAACUAGAUGAUCUUUAAAGAUUAUUCAGCUCUAGAGAGCCCGAAACCGGACAGUUCUGUGCUUUGGAGACAAAGCCCCCCCACCCCCUGCUCUUCCCCCACCCCGGAACUCCCAUAUCUGUUAUGUUAGAAUUGUAUAUAGGCCAAGAAUCCAUACGUAUUGACUUGAAGGGGGGUGGGUCUCCCAAUUUUUUCCUUUGGGCGUGUAACCUCUACCAAGGCAGCUUUUUCUGGUUUUGCUUAUUUGAAGGAUCCGCACACAACUUCACUUGGGCAGCUGAAGGGGUUAGUGGUUUCACUUUGUUAAUGACCCACUCGUUUAGAGGGGUAAGACUUGCCAAGGUCACACGCAGCAGGUGGGGUGGGGGGCAAGGAUCUGACUCUGGAACUCCUCCUUCCACACCUAGGCAUCUUCCCUGUGUCCCCACACCCCUCACCAAACCUCCUCCACCCAGAUUCCUUCCCUGGGACACAAAUAAUGUAGGCGGAGUUGGUUUUCAGGUU